UUCUCUUCUUUUGCUUCUUCUUCAAUCCAUCUCUCGUCUUUGCACCAGCGUAGAGAUCCAGCAGCCGCGCUCCAUCCGUCAAUCUCCUCCUUCCACAAAUUACACUAAUUUCUCAUCUCGCGAUGGCCGGUGGCGUUCAUGGAGAGUGGGAGAACGGUCAGUUCAUGUUCCAUGACGAGCUGUCGGCGCUCAUCUACCAGAAUCCAGCUCACGGAGGCGCCGCCAGUCCGGAGCAGUGUUUCUCAUCGCCUCUCGCUAGAUUUUCUCCUUUCGGUAGCAAUUACAGAGUCUCCGGCGAUUCGGCGGCGUUUGGUGUUGAAAAUGCUGGUAAUUAUUUAUACAACUCUAAGCAGCCGGCCGUCGUUUCCGGCGGCGGCGGAGGUACGAUGACGCCGCACUCGUCGACGACGACCUCUUCUUCUACCGAGGUGGCUGGAGAGGAAGACCUAGAACGAUUCAAGAAGACGCAGGAAGCUGGGAAGGAAGAGGAAGAGGAGGUGGAGAAGCAAUUAGUGAGUGCAGGGGAAGCAGAUCAAGAGAGUGAUAUGUCCAACUCCAAGAAACCGAACAAGGCGAAGGAGAAAGGAGCGAAAAGGCAAAGGGAACCUCGUUAUGCAUUUGUCACACAGAGCGAGGUGGAUCAUUUAGAAGAUGGCUACCGUUGGAGGAAAUAUGGCCAAAAAGCAGUCAAGAACAGCCCUUUCCCAAGGAGCUACUACCGUUGCACGAGUCAGAAGUGCCCGGUGAAGAAGAGGGUGGAGAGAAGCCAUCAAGAUCCCACAGUUGUGAUAACAACCUACGAGGGGAAGCACACUCAUCACUGCCCAACAACCCUCAGAGGCGGCGCACACCUCUUCGCUCCUCCUCUGGCGCCGGCGACCACAAGCUUCUUAGCGAUGCAGCAACUGUCUCAGCUGGGCAGUACGUCGGCACUGCUGCAGGGUACGAGCACAAGCCCUAGUUUGUAUCUAGCAAACCUACCGCCUUCUCUGCAACAUCUUCAAUGCAGUACUGACUAUGAUCUCCUGCAAGAUCUACUUCCUAAUUCCCUCUUUCAUGGCAAUAUUCAACAUGACAUGUAGAUGAUCAUAAUGUAGUAACUUAUGCACCUCCAGUGCAUGGAGGUAGCUAGCUAGCUAGUCUGAUCCAGUUGUAUCUAGUUGUUAGAUAGAUAUCAACUUAAUUAAUUAUGAUCUCUACUUUUGUUGUACAUUGGAUUUGCUUUAUCUUAUGGUAUUUUGAUGAUUUAAUUUGCA